ACAGCUAAUCAGAGUAUGAGAAAAUACACACCUUUCUCGGCGGUUUCUCGUCGCUUUUGGUUUGGUUUUUCUAGCUCUUCUUCGAUUUCUUUCAGCCCUAACUCUCGCACUCUGUACGAUCUCUUCCACGACCUAUACUCUCCUUUUUCUCUGCAAUUCCUUCCUCACAUUCACCUCAUUUCUUCAAAUAUAGUGGUUUUCAUCUCUGUUUUCCAGGGCUUGUGUGGUCUUAGGGGUGUGUACGUCUGCGGCAUUUUAGGUGUUUGGAGAUUUGUUGAGGUUGGGGGCUUUGUUUUCAUGAGGAAUUUGUUUAAGUACCGUUGUUGCUUCGUUUUUUUCUGUUUGGCUUUCCAAGUCUGGGCAAGUUUAGCUGCCAAUUAUGUGGCAACCGAUAAAAUUCUGCUAAACUGUGGGGCGUCUUCUAGUACUACCGAUACCGAUGGUCUAGUAUGGACCACAGAUAUUGGAUCCAAGUUCAUGGUGGCCGCUGAGAACUCGCUCACCUCUGAGGCUGAUACUCAAGACCCUUCAGUCCCUACAGUCCCUUACAUGACUGCUCGGAUCUCUAAAUCGGAGUUCAGUUAUCGUUUUCCUCUGGCCAUGGGCCGGAAAUUUGUGCGAUUGUACUUUUAUCCCGCAUCUUAUUCCAACUUAAGUGCGUCGGAUGCUUUGUUUUCUGUUACGGCCGGGUCAUAUACUUUGCUCAAGAACUUCAGUGUUGCGCAAACCACUGAAGCUCUAAAUUAUGCAUUUAUUAUGAAGGAGUAUUCUAUCAAUGUGGACAGUGAAGCAUUGAAUAUAACCUUCAGUCCGUCUCCGAGUGGUAAGAAUUUUUAUGCGUUUGUGAAUGGGAUUGAGAUUGUGUCAAUGCCUGACAUUUACAAUACCGAGGAUGGAAGUUCUAUGAUAGUCGGGGCAGAUGUUCCGUACACCAUCGGCAAUGAUACUGCCCUCGAAUGCGCUUAUCGGUUGAAUGUGGGUGGAAGUGACAUUUCACCUUCCCAUGAUACUGGUAUGUUUAGGUCAUGGUCUAUUGAUACAGCGUAUAUCUUUGGGGCUGCGUCGGGAGUGACUGAGACUGCUAGUCCAAACAUGACAAAUAAAAUAUCUUCGAAGGUUCCUGAUUUUGCUGCACCAGUUGAUGUUUAUGCCACUGCUAGAUCAAUGGGGCCAAAUGCUUAUAUCAACCUGAAUUACAACCUCACAUGGGUUUUUGCGGUUGACUCAGGGUUCUCUUACUUGGUUAGGCUCCAUUUGUGCGAGGUUUUUGAUAAUUUCACCAAGAUUAAUCAAAGGGUUUUUGAUAUCUUCCUCAAUAAUCAAACUGCAUUUGGAGGUGCGGAUGUGUUUGCCUGGGCAGGUUCAAAUGGAAUUCCCAUAUACAAGGAUUUCGUGGUUGUUGUUCCAGUGGGAAGUGGACAGCAGGACCUGUGGCUUGCGCUUCAUCCAAACACGACUUCGGAUUCCAAUUAUUAUGAUGCAUUCUUAAAUGGGGUGGAGAUAUUGAAAUUAAGUAAUUCAGAUUAUAAUCUUGCCGGUCCUAAUCCAGUUCCUCCUCCUAAACAGGAAGUUAUUGAUCCAGAACGGGUUAGACCAUCAUCAAAAUCUGGCAAUUCAAAGAACCAGACAGCAAUCAUUGGUGGGGGUGUUGGCGGUGGGAUCUUUAUUUUAGCCCUUCUAGUUGGUCUCCUUGUUUGUGUUGCUUCCCGUCGCCGUAGGCAAGGAAAGGAAUCAAGUGCAAGUGAUGGACCAUCUGGUUGGCUUCCUCUUUCUUUGUAUGGAAAUUCACAUUCUGCAGGUUCUGCGAAAACAAACACUACUGGAAGUUAUGCAUCCUCCCUUCCUUCAAAUCUUUGCCGCCACUUCUCAUUUGCUGAGAUCAAAUCUGCAACCAAGAACUUUGACGAGGCUCUACUCCUUGGGGUUGGAGGUUUUGGCAAAGUUUACAAGGGAGAAAUCGAUGGCGGAGCAACUAUGGUUGCAAUCAAGCGUGGGAACCCUCUCUCCGAGCAAGGUGUGCAUGAGUUCCAAAAUGAGAUUGAAAUGCUCUCAAAACUUCGACACCGCCACCUUGUUUCACUGAUUGGGUAUUGUGAAGAGAACUGUGAAAUGAUCCUUGUUUAUGACUACAUGGCUCAUGGUACCCUCAGGGAGCAUCUAUACAAAACACAAAAGCCACCUCUACCAUGGAAACAAAGGCUUGAGAUAGGCAUUGGAGCUGCCCGUGGUUUACAUUAUCUGCAUACUGGUGCAAAACACACUAUUAUCCAUCGAGAUGUGAAGACAACUAACAUUCUCUUGGAUGAGAAGUGGGUUGCGAAGGUUUCUGAUUUUGGGUUGUCUAAGACUGGCCCUGCAUUGGAUCACACACAUGUUAGCACUGUUGUGAAGGGCAGUUUUGGGUACUUGGACCCAGAGUAUUUCAGGCGGCAACAACUGACAGAAAAAUCUGAUGUAUAUUCAUUUGGGGUUGUCCUUUUCGAGAUCCUGUGUGCUCGGCCAGCUUUGAAUCCAACACUUCCAAAGGAGCAAGUGAGCUUGGCAGAGUGGGCGUUGCAUUGCCAAAAGAAGGGCAUUCUGGAUCAGAUUAUCGACCCAUAUCUGAAGGGGAAAAUUGCACCAGAAUGUUUUAAGAAGAUUGCUGAAACUGCAGUGAAGUGUGUGUCAGAUCAGGGUAUUGACAGGCCAUCAAUGGGUGAUGUGCUGUGGAACCUUGAGUUUGCUCUUCAGCUGCAAGAGAGUGCAGAGGAGGCUGGCACAGCCAUGGGUGGAAUGGAGAUUGAAGAUGGUUCAUUUGACAUAGCCUGUGGAGGAAAGAAGGAUCCAAAUUCAUCCCCUGGAUUUGACGGCAAUGUUACUGAUUCAAGGAGUAGUGGGAUGACCAUGAGCAUAGGCGGGCGGAGCCUUGCUAGCGAGGAUUCCGAUGGGUUGACACCAAGUGCAGUGUUCUCACAGAUCAUGAACCCAAAAGGACGUUGAGAUCUGAAGUAAUUGUUUUUGCCACAGCCUUCCAGAACCCAGCAAUCAGAUAAGCUUUUCGCUAUUACUAAUCAGGUAAUCAAAUUUAAAUGUUCUUUACAUUAUUCAUUUAUUUACCACUAUUUUCUUUCUUCCCCUUUUUUUGAGUUGUGUUAUGUUUUCGAUCAAAGUAAGUUGUAAUUUGUAUCUACAAUCUCAAGAAACAGUGUAAAAUAAUGUGUUUGUACUUGUAUUUGCACCCAGAUGAGAAGUAUUGAUUUGGCUUUCCUUAA